AUGGAAAAAAAGAACAAACUAAUCAUCAGUAAUAGAAAUAUCAUAUUAUUAUUGAGUAUAACUUUUUUAGUUGCAUAACCAGGUAAUGGCGAAUGCAUCAGUAAUUGUUUAGUGUGUUAGGAUCAAAAAUGUUUAGAAUGCUUUUAAGACUAUACUUUAAAUACUUCAUUAAACAUUUGUGUUUACAAAAAUUGCCAAAAAGGUAUGGCUUUGUAGCAAGUAGUUGAUUCAUCUGGAGUAAUUGAAAAAAAAUGCGUUGCUAUUUGUUAGUAAUAACAAUAUUUGAAUGCAUUAACUAAUACUUGUUAGUCAUUAAGUUAAUGCUCUUCAUCUUACUUUACUUCUUCUAGUAGUACUACUAACUCUAAUAACAUUAUUGAUUUAAAAAUAUUAAAUGCUAGAAGCCUUCUAGCGUUUUACUCAAAUGUUGUGUCGCAGAUAAGAGUUGAUACAGGUUAACUGGAAUUAAGUCUUAGUUAUGGAGCUUAAGCUAUAAAGUCUUAAUAUUUUAACGGUUUGUAUUACAUAUUUAGGACAGAUAACUCUAUUAUACUGUGGGAAGUAGAGUUUGAUAAAAAAUUGUUGAUCUCUUAAAUUUAAUUUGGAGUCAGCAUAAAUGAUAGUCGGAUAAUUAAUAUUAGUGAAUUAAUUGGUGCUUAUUUAACUUUUGAUGUCUUAAAUUCAAUAAUAUAUAUCAACCCAUUAAUAGAAUUAGUUAAUAAUCAAAUUUUAUAAAAGUAAAUUCCUUUAAAAAUAUCAUAUGCAAAUAAUAGUUAUUUUAUUUCUUAGAAUUUGAUUUUUAUUUUUUCCUCUUAAAGUCUUACAGUUUACGCCAUUGAUACUGACUAAUCUUUUAAACUAAAAUAUACAGCUUUACUUUAAAUAAACAACUUUGUAAAUUCAUUUUCAAAUGUCAUAGAUGCAAUUUAUCAAAAUGCGCAGAAUGUUUUUUUUAUAAUUACAUAAAAUGCUGCUUUUAUAUAUAAAUGCAAAGUAUCAUCUUGCAGUACAGUAAGUUUACCUUCAUAACCAAAAAAAAUGAUGUAAUCAGUAUCAAAUUAAUAAAAAUUAAAUGUAUUAAUUUAGUUUUAGUUAAAUUUAUCAUUAUAUGAUGAUAACUUAGUUAUUAUUCAAUAAUUUAAUCUUGAAAAUCAAAUUUUAGAUUUCACAAUUUCUUAUUUCACUUUAAAUAGAAUGAGAGAAAUUUAUGUGCUUUCUAACAACUAAUAACUUAAAAUCUAUUAAGAAACAUAGUAAAUGAAUAAAAUUUUAUUUAUUCAAACAGAUCAAAUAAAAGUCUAUUCUUAAUAACUGCAAAAUUUGAUUACUCUUAAUUAAGAUAAUGGAAUAAUUAAUUAUUUGGCAAUAAUUGGUAACGGACUCUAAAUCAUAAUUAAAGCUAAUAAUCAGCAAUAAUAAUAGAAAUAAAUUAUCUCAUCUUAAUUUUAGCCAAAUUAUAUUACUAACUAAGGAAUUGUUACAGAUAUUCUUAUCUUCAAUGAUUUAAAUGUUUUAGCUACUUGCUCAAAAGAGGGAAGAUUGUUUGUGUGGGAUAUAACCAAAGUGUAUGAUGCUUAAUAUAGAUAUCUAUAUUACAAUAACCAAGAUAGCUGUUUAAAGUUAUAAAGGCUUUCAAUUUAUUAGAUAAUUGCUCUUUUCUAAAAUACUAUUGUCAUCUUAGAUAUAAGAUAGUCAACACCUUUAAAAGUAAUUUAGAAAAAUAAUCCAAAUCCAACAAAAGAAUUCAUUACUGCUAAUAAAUAUUUAGGAAUUCUAAUUUAUGAUGGAAUCCUAAACUGCAUUAAAAAUGAUGGUAGCUUACUAUUUUCAACAAAUGAUCCAAGCUUUAUUUAAAAUAUAUAUAAUAUAUAUAUAAGCUAUAACAAUCUCCUAUUCUUUUAAUAUUAAAGUUAAAUGAAGGUAUAUAAGGUAGAUCCUACUUAAAAUACAAUCUAAAGUCAAAUGACACUUUUUUCAACUUACAAUAGUCCAAGUAAAGUAAAUAUUUAGCUAUCAAAAAUUAAACCAUUUCCAGAGUCACUUUAUUCCUCAGUAGGAUAUACUUUUGAAGUAGUUAUUUUUGAUACAAGUUCUUCCUUUUAUAUUUUCGAUGAAUAAUUUCACGUUUUAUAGCAAGUUAAUCAAGUUCCAUUAGUAUCAGCUGUUGAUUUUAAUUUCCUUAUUUCUAACCCCUUAGAUCCAAACUAUUUUGUGAUGGGAUAUACGACCUAGCAGACAGCAGCAUUUAAAUUUUAGGUUUAUAAUAUUUAAAAAGGAGUAAAUGUUGCUAAUUUAGCUGCGUUUAUAGUUUCAGGAUCUUAUCUGAUGGAGCCAAGAAAAGUACCAAAUAAACCGAGUUAGUAUGAUCUUGAAAUUGUAAUUCCUUUGAGCUAUUUUACUGCAAAUAAUGUCUUUAGAUAUGAUACUAAUGUUGCAGCAAAUGUAUUCUAAAUGGGGAAACAAAUAUAAAACGAAAUUCAGUCAAUUUAUAAAACCUUUCCAGAUUUAUCAUAUAAUUUUUUUGGAGGAUAAUCAGGAUUUGUUGGAGUAUCACCUUUAAAUACAAAUUAUGUUAAGCAAGUUUUUUCUCUUUCUUCGAAUGACAUUAUAAAUGUUUAAUAAUGUUACAGUUUAGGUGUUUAUUUUGUAAUUUCUAAAAAAAUUUAAAUAGUAAAUAUCCACACAAAUAGCUUGAUAGAGGAAAUCAUAUUUAAAGAUACUACACAAUAAUCAGUUCAGGGAUUUUAAAUUUUUGCUGAUUUUUAAAUAGCAAUUGCUUUUAAAUCAUCAUAAUUAAUAUUGAAAAAUUUUAAGGAUGGACAAACUUAUUCCUAUACAAACAUAAAUAAUUUAUCUUUUUACAAUUUAGAAUAAGAAAAUCAAUUGAUUACUAUCUUUGGUUCAAAAGUAGUAAAGUUACAAUUAAAUUUAAAUGAAUAUUAGUAAAUCGGAGCUCUUAUUAUGUAAAGUAGUUAUAUUAUUGGAUGUAUAUUAUCUUCUGUAAAUUACUAUUGUAAAUUACAGGAUGGAUAAAUCAAUAUCAUCACCAAAAAUAAUUUAAGCAUUUUGGCUUCCAUUCAGAACAAAUUUUUAGGAAAUAAUUAUAAUUUUUAGCUUGAUGAAUCAAAUAAUUAACUCUUUUUAUUUAAUACAUUGAUUUAUGUUUAUGAUUUGACAGGAAUUUUUUAGAUUUAAUUAACACAGUCGAAUGGCCUAAUAAGUAUAUUUAACUUAUGUACUGACGAUAUAUCAUAUGUAACAGCCUCAAGUGUCACUGUUAUGCAAAGAGGUAGCUUAGUAAUAAGAACAGUUAUCAGUAGUCCAGGUGGAGGUAAUAUCCUAUAAUUGAUGUACUUACAAAAUUAGAAUCACAUAUUAUUCUUCACAACUCAAAUGAGAUAUGGAUAAAUAUUUGUAUACAGUUUGAGUACUCUUUUGUAAGUAACUUCUAUAAAAAAUACAUACACCUAAAAUCCGAUUUCUCUAACAUGUGCUAUGAUUUAUGACAUUUUUCAAAAUUAUCUUGUAUACAUAGAUCUUACUGGGAAUAUUCUCAUUAUUUCUUACACUGGAGCAUAUUCUAUGAUUAAUUUUUUAAAAAUGAACUAAUUUGAUGAUGGUUUGAGUGCACCUAUUGGGUUUUCUUUAGACUUUGAUAUGAAUAACAUUCUUGUUUACAGCAGUUCAAAUGUCUUUUAAAUUCCUUAUUCUUCUAUCAAUUUAUGGUACAACAGGAUAAUUAAUUAUCCUAAAAAUUAAUACUUUGCUUUAAACAGUGGAUUAAAUUCUGAGUAGUUCUUUAUAGUAGGUACUUAGAACAUUCUUUAUACUUAUUAGAAUAAUCAUUUUUAAAGUUUCAAUUACUUUAAUGAAGAUGAUCGUUUAAGUUCAGUCAGCUAUAUUCCUGAUUAGCAACUCUUAAUAGUCGGUUUUACUCAGUAAAUUAAUAUCUAUUAACAAUUUUCUUCAAAUAACUUAUCUCUUAGCAAUAAAGUAAUUAUCACAGGUUAUAAGUUGAAAGAAUUUAUUACUCCAAAUAUUUUUUUGACUUUUGAAAAUUCAAUAGUAGAUUAUAAUUUUUAGUAAAAUUCUGAGAAUUAUAAAAUAAUAUGGAAUUUAGGUAUUUCUAUAACAAGCUAUUUAUGGCUUAAUUCUUCUUCACUUAUUAUUGUAGGAUUUAAUACUGGAGAUCUCUUAUUUUACAAUUAUUAAUUAUAAAAAUAAAACAAUAUAAAUGUAGAUUCUACUCCUAUUAUUUUUAUUUAAGAAGGACUGAACUCAAUUUGGGCUUGUUCAGUUAUAGGGGUUAUAUAGUAAAUCAGCACAUCUUCUCAAUAAACUACCUAAACUUUUAACUUGGCUUCUAUUGUAACUCUCUAAUAAGCAGAUAAAAUAAACGUCUUUUCAAUAGAUGAAUAAAAUUAGAGAAUUUUCGUUAGUCUUUUAGAAUAAUAUUUAUUAUAUAUAUUUUCAUAUUCAACUCAAGCUCUGAAAAUAUAAUAAUAUUUGAGCUUCCCACACCACGAAAAGAAUAAUAUUUAUUUUUCUAAAAAUUACCUUAUCAUGUAUUCAACAUCUUAAAUAAAUAUUCACAAUAGGUCAAGUUUACAAUUUCUAAAAAGUUUAAAAAGAGAAAAUAAUUUCGAUCAAAUAGUGCAAAUUUACUUUGUAAAUGGGAUUUAUUUAGUAAUACAAUUCUAGAGGAAACUUGAGUUAUAUUCAUAUGAUGCUAUUUUUAACUCUUUACAAUUUUUAGAUCAAAUAGUUACAGUGUUACCAUAAGUGAUUAAAUUUCAAAUCAUAUCUAAUGGUUAAUAACUAUAGCUAUUAGGAUUUUCUAACAAUAUGGUAUUUGAAAACAAGUACACAAUUCAAUUAGUGAGUCAUCAAUCUACUCAAUGUAGCAUGAGUAUUGAUGUUUAAGAUUAUACCAGUACUUAGCAACAGCUUGCAUUAAUACCUCAAAUUACAGUUCCUUAUUUUACAUGGUAGAAUAGGAUAACUGUUAUUUCUACUAGUAGUAAUAAUUAUUUUUACAUGAACAUGCUUUCUGGUAACUUAGAUUUAUUGAGUGCCUCUUCAACUUAAAAUACCCUCCUUGUAGUAUAAUCUCCUAUCAAUAGUAACAAUAAUUUAAUCAAUGGUUUACAGACAAUAAGUUUAAACAAUUAAACUUUUGCUUAGUUUUCUUAAUAGUAGCUAUUAUUAAACAGCUUAUAACUUUAAUUAAUUGAUACGAGUUGCCUAAAUACAAAGAUAUUAAACUCUUUAUUUAUAUCUAAUAAAGAUAUGCUCUUUUUAAAUACAAAAAAUUAUUUCACAAUUAACUAAUAAUUAGUGUAUCUAGAAAGCGAUUAGCUUACUCUAUUGAAUGUUAGGCUUGAAAAUAAUUAAAAUCUUCAAUAAAACGCAGGUUUAGCUAUAAUGAGCAUAAGCUCUUCAAUAAAUAAUUUGGAUACCUUAAAUAUAGCUCAAAAUCAAUUUAACAUUUAAUUUGAAUCAACAGUUUCUAUUUUUAUUCAGAAUUCUGCGUUUUAGUAUAAUGCUGGUAUUAAUGGGGGAGCUUUAUCUAUUAUCAAUAAUAUUGGUUCUGUUAUUAUAUAAAGCAGUUAGUUUUUAUUUAACAAAGCCUAAGGAAGUGGAGGAGCUAUUUAUCUAAAUUUGGAUUAAGGUUCUAUAAAUUUAGACUAAUCUAAUCAAAUUAGCUAUAACAAAGCAAUUAUAGGAGGUGGAAUUAGAUUGUAUAGCUAAGCAAACUUAGUUUAAGUAUCUAUAAAUAAAAAUAUUAUAUAAAAGAACAAAGCUGAUAUUUAUGGAAAUAAUUUUGCUACUUUUUUAGAAUCAGUAUUUGUUUCUUGCCCAAAUACGAAAUGUAUAUUCAAUAAUUCCAAUAAUUAGUUAAGUAUAGAGAGGUUUAAUAGUGGAGAUACUGCUUAACUGUCCAUUAUAUUUUUAGACUAAGAUGGUAGAUCCUUGAGCUUUGAUCCGUCAAAAGUAGAUUCUAAUAAUUAUCCUAGUGAAAUAAUUGACGAAAUUAAAAGUUAUCAUUUAUAAGUAACAACAUCAUUAGAUGGUAAUGAAAAAAUAAAUAUUAAUGGAGAAAACUUCAUUAGCUAUAGCAGAUUCUCAUAAAAUACUUCUGCUUUUGUGCUAAACAACUUCCAAAUUUUAUCAAUUCCAUAAACAACCUAGCAAAUUAAUAUAAACUAUUAAAUACUUCCUUCAAAAAUACAACAAUUGAGUAAUUCUAGCAAAAAUUCAAUUUUAACAAGUAUAUAAUUUAGAGAAUGUAUUGUAGGAGAGAUAAUGAAAGCUUACUCUUAAACUAUAUUUUCUUGCUAAAAGUGCCAGGUUGGAACUUAUUCUCUUGUAGAUUCUUACCAUAUUAUGGAAAGCAAGCAAGGUUAAAUAUAAUGUAAAAAAUGUCCUUACUCUGCUAUCAGCUGUGAAGGAAAUUAAAUAUAACUUAAAAAUAGUUAUUGGAAAAUGAAUGACACAACUGACGAAAUAAUUUAUUGUGUCAAUAAUCCAAAUUCUUGCCAAUCAGAAAAUAGCGAAAGUAGAAAAGGGUGUAUAAAAGGAUAUAUAGGACCUUUAUGUGAAACGUGUGAUUUAAUUGGCGAUAUUUGGGAAAGCUAAAGUACAAAAGUAACAUUUUUGACUAAUUUAUUAAGUUGUAGAUAAAUUGGCUCAUUUAGUUAUGCAAGUAAAAAUUUACUACUACUCUGUGAUGAUAAUGAUUACUAAUCAUUUCAAAGGAAAUUUGCUAUUCCACUUCUAAUUUUUUGGAUAGGAGUACCUGUAAUAUCUCUAAUAGCAAUAUAUAAAAAAAGAAAUAAAUUAAACACUUGCUAUACUUAAUACAGAUUAGGUUAUUUUACAACAGGAUUUAAAUAGAAAUUCUUCUAUUGGGAGUUUGUUAGAAUGUAUUUGAAAAUUUUAAUUGUUUUACUUUUUACUAUUUACAAUUCAAAUUUAUAUAACACUUAUUUGAUAAUUAUUCUCAUUUUCUUUGGUUACAUAAAGAUAACACAAGGCUAUUAACCAUUUUAAAGCAUUGGCCUUUCUAAUAUGGAAGUAGCAUCUUACACUAUAUUAAUAAUAAAUGUGACUUUAUAAGUAUUUUAAUUGGAGUAUAACACAAUAGGUUUAUAAAUAUUUUCAGCUUUAAUUCAUAGUUGGAUGAUUCUACAUAUGAUUUUGGUCAUCAUAUUUAUAAAAAUUAAGGAUUAUUAAAAUUAAUUUGGAAAAUUACUUAGAUUUCUCCUUAGAUUUAUACUACCUAAAAAAUAUUACAAUAAACUUAUUUCAAACAAUAAGAUAAAAUUUUCAACGUUUUUAAUGUGGAAAAAAGUGAGAAAAAAUAUAAAAUUGAUUAUAUUAAAGAAAGCUUUUGAAAAAGUAGAAACAUAAGAUGUUUUAAAUCUCAAUGCUAAUAAUUCACCUAUAAAAGACAAUAUAACAAGAAAUAUCAGUAAAUCCAUCCAUAAUUCAAUGAGACUAAUAUCUAAUUUUACGAGUCAAUAAAAUGAUGUAUUACUGUCUCCAGUAAGUAGUAAUAGCAGAAUCAAAAUCUUUGACAAUGAAAAAUCACAAUAAAAGGGCAAUUUUAUUCAAAGAUUAAAAAUAAAUGAUUAAAAAUAGUAACAAGAUGGUUAGAUUUAAUAAGAUUGUAUGAUAUAAAGUAUGAUAGAUCUGGAAGAUGUUAAUUAAUUACAUGAAAAAAAUAUUUAAGAUUAAAAUGAGCUUUAAUUUUCUUAAUUUUAGACUUUAUCAAUGAAGAAUUCAAUGUAAAAUGCAAACAAGCAAAUAUAAAAAUAAACAAAAUUAGAUAGUAAAUGA